CAUUAGAGAUCAUUUUUAUUUCAGCAAUUCCUGAUUUUAAUAUGAUAUUUAAUGUGUUUAUUUGUCUGCUUAUUGUGUUUGCUAAAAUUUCAUCUUCUGAAAGAACCUUUAAAAUUGAUUAUGAAAACAAUAAAUUUUUGAAAGAUGGCACUGAAUUCCGCUACAUUAGUGGAUCUAUUCAUUACAUGCGGGUUCCUGAAGAUUAUUGGGAAGAUCGUCUUUCAAAAAUACGAAAAGCUGGUUUGAACGCUAUUCAGACGUAUAUUCCUUGGAAUUUCCAUGAACCAACUGAAGGUAACUUCCAAUUUGGUGGUCAGCAAAAUGUCUUUAAGUUCCUUAAACUUGCCCAAAAAUAUGAUCUUUUAGUUAUUCUGCGACCUGGUCCUUAUAUUUGUGCUGAAUGGGAAUUCGGGGGUUUUCCUUACUGGCUGUUAAAAAAAGUAGGAAAUAAAACCAUGCAACUAAGGACUUCAGAUAAUUUAUAUCUUCAGAAAGUUGAAAAUUAUAUGUCGGUAUUGCUAUCAGGCCUUCGACCUUAUUUGUAUGAGAAUGGUGGCCCAAUAAUCACUGUUCAGGUUGAAAAUGAGUAUGGUAGCUACGGAUGUGAUCAUGAAUACAUGUAUAAACUGGAAUCCAUCUUUAGGAAAUAUCUAGGUGAAAAUGUUAUUUUGUUUACAACUGAUGGUGCAGGGGACAGUUACUUAAAGUGUGGAACAAUUAAGCCACUUUUUGCCACUGUUGAUUUUGGACCAACAGCAGAACCAAAACUUUAUUUUGAUAUCCAACGCAAGUAUCAGCCUCUUGGUCCUUUGGUAAAUUCAGAAUUUUACACAGGAUGGUUAGAUCACUGGGGAGGACAACAUGCGCACACUAGUUUGGAGGAUGUUACUGAUACAUUAGAUAAAAUGCUUUCACUUAAUGCUUCUGUAAAUAUGUACAUGUUUGAAGGUGGUACAAACUUUGGUUUUAUGAAUGGAGCAAACCAAGAUAGCAAUAGUCUUCAACCACAGCCCACAAGUUAUGACUAUGAUGCUCCUUUAUCUGAGGCUGGAGACCCAACUGAAAAAUAUUUUGCUAUUCAACAUGUUGUAUCAAAAUAUUUGCCUAUUCCUCCUGGUCCACAGCCUAAGCCCACAGAGAAAACAGCAUAUGGUAAAUUAUAUGCCUAUAAGGUAGUUUCAAUAUUUGAUGCACUUGAUGAGAUGAGUAGAGAAAGAAGGUAUGAAAGUACUUCUUUAUCAUUUGAAGAUUUAGACGUUGCAUAUGGUUAUGUUCUCUACAAUGCUUUGGUUUUGUGUCAUCAAAAUGCAAAUUUGCUGCAAUUGACGAAAUUUCACGACCGCUCUUAUAUCAUUGUUGACAAAGUUUUACAAGGAGUUUUGGAUAGAAACUCAAAUAAUAGUAUUUUGUUGAACUGUUCAGUCAACCAAAUUGAGUUAAGUAUUAUGGUAGAAAAUCAAGGACGAGUGAACUAUGGUCCAUUUAUGACAGAUACAAAUAAGGGAAUUUUAGGUGACGUUUUAUGGAACGGUGAACGUAUUGAUGUAGAAGUUAAACAUGUAUUAGACAACGAUGUAUUUAAAAACGUUCGAAAUGUUGCUGUCAUUAGUUCUCAAGUUGCUAGUCCAGCAUUUUAUUUCUUCAAUUUAAGUAUUUUGAUAGAACCAACAGAUACUUUUUUAAAACUGGACAUUUGGAGAAAGGGAGUUUCCGUGGUGAAUGCUUUUAAUGUUGGGCGUUACUGGUGGAUUGGUCCGCAAAAAACUUUGUAUAUUCCACGUCACGUCCUUCAGAAAGACAAUAUUAUUGUUUUAUUUGAAACGGAAACCAUUUUUCCAAUAACUGAUGCAUAUAUUGAGUUUGUCAGUUCUCCUAUAAUUGGAUAGCUUGACCCCUGUUUAUAAUAUUCCCUUUGUUUAUUUUAUUAUAUUUCCUUUGUUUAAUUGUUUAGAUAAUAUUUUUUUGUGACGGGGGAUAGGGGUAAGGUGUUUUUUUACAUGAGUAAUAUUAAAAAAAUAAUUUGUUUAUUUGAGAAAUGUUUUGAUUUUUUUUUUACCAGAUUUAUGUCAAAUAAAAAUAUUUCAAGUCGAUUUUAUAUAGAUUUGUAUAUAUUUUAUAAUAUAUUUGAGUUAUGAAUUAAAUAAUUUAAAUCAUUAA